CGUUUCUGGGCUCUCUCGGCUCUAUGGUCCUCACUCUUCGGAGCAGGAGCCGAGGAGGAAGGCGGCUGGGGAGUGGGGAGUGGAGCGGCCGCCGCGCGGGGACGGCGUCUGGAGGCGGCGCGGCGUUGGCUGCGGCCUCCAUACGCGUGGGCGUCCGUGCCGCUCCCACUCGCUGUCAGGCUUGCUUCCAUCUCCCUCCCCAGUCCCCCCAGAUUCCUCCACCUUCCCCUGCCCUGCCUCGCCGCCCACAAUGCUUCUCCCGGCCGUCGCCGCCAGCCGCCUGGUCAUGGUCCGCCUCUCCGCCGCCCGUUGCAUAUCCUCUCUAAAGGUCCCGUGGAAGCGCGACCCCGCCCUCGACGCCGCCAUCUCCCGGGACCGCCGCUUCCGCCAGGCGUCCCGCCUCGUCCGCGAGGUGCUACUCUCCCCAGGCCGCCGCCUCCUCUUCCGCUACCUCACCAAGCGCCGCGAGCGCAUCAAGCUCCCCGUCCGCGUCCCCACGUUCCUCAGGCGCUACCCCACCCUCCUCGCCGUCUCCGCUCCCCCGGAGCCCGUCGCCUCGCCCUCCCCGCACCUCCUCGCUUUCCUCGACUUCGCCUCCCGCCUCUACGAGCUCCACGCCCCCUUCCUCGCCUCCAGGCUCGCCAAGCUCAUCAUGAUCUCCUCCACGCGUGCUCUGCCCGUCAGCAAGAUCGCCGCCGCCAAGCGCGACUUCGGCCUCCCCGACGACUUCCUGGUCUCGCUGGUCCCGAGGUACCCCGGUCUCUUUCGCCUCGUCGGUGACCCCGGGCCCGACUCGUCCGGAAACGCGUUCCUCGAGCUGGUUGCUUGGGACGAUACACUCGCCAAGUCGGUGAUCGAAGUUCAGGCUGACAAGGAGGCCGAUGUCGUCGGAAUUAGGCCCAGGCCAAACUUCACUGUGAAAUUGCCCAAGGGGUUCUACCUCAAGAAGAAAAUGAGGGAGUGGAUGAGGGAUUGGCUUGAGUUGCCAUAUAUCUCACCUUAUGCAGAUGCAUCCGGGCUGCAUCCGGCAUCUCCGGAGGCGGAGAAGCGAACUAUUGGCGUUUUACAUGAGGUGUUGUCCCUGACAGUACAGCGAAGGAUAGCGGUGCCAAUUAUUGGGAAAUUCUGUGAUGAAUAUAGGCUGCCAAAUGAAUUUGCUAAUGCGUUCACGAGACACCCAGGCAUCUUCUAUGUAUCACUUAAGGGUGGCAUCAAGACAGCAGUAUUGAGGGAAGCCUAUGAUCAGAACGGGGAGCUUGUGGAUAGAGACCCAAUGCUUGAGCUGAAGGAGAGAUUUGUGGCAAUCAUGGAAGAGGGGCAUAAGCAAUAUUUAGAGGACUUGAAUAGGAAGAGAGAGGCACUGCAGAAAUACAGGGAGGAUGCAGGUUGCAAGGAUGCAAAAGCAGAGAUCGAGAAUCGGCUUGAGGAGGAAUGGCACAGUGAGGAUUCAGAAUGGGAUGAUGACACAGAUGAUGCUUAUGUGCAGUAGGAGGCAAUGGAAGCCAGUGUAGUUAAUGGCUCUUCCGCUCUUGUAAUUCCUUUUGUCCCUGCCAACAGUACUUUUUGACAUGGCUUAUCAGCCAAACGAACAAGGCAGCCCCGCAGAUCAUUGUAGCAGCAGCAGUGCUGCCGAGGGAUUAGCUGUGGCAGCUACAAGGAGGCGGCGAACUGGAGUGAGCGUGGCGGCAAAAAGGCACUUAACCCCGAUUGCCGAGGCCCAAUACAUAAGAUGGUUCUCUGCUCUAUCUAUUAUUAUAAGUAUUGUACAUGCUAUGAUGGAACCAUAAGAUGUUCGUGCAGCAACUUAGUUCAGUUGUACUGUUUGACUCAUGAAAUGUAACAAGUUCUGUGACACUGGUGAUCCUGUUGGUA